ACAUUAUUUUGAAGUCUGAAGAUUUUAGCAAUAAGAAAAUGGUAUUUCCUGGUUACCGACGGUUACUAGAUCAACAUGUCCCCUCUUUUUUUUUUUUGGUACUGGUAACCAAAUCCUUGACUGGUGACUCUUUAUAAAAUUGGACCCCUUUGGAUUUUUGUUUCAAAAUUUUCCAAAAUUUUCACAGUGAUAGAUAUGGCUGGAGCAUGGGCAACUGCUAAAAAUUAUCUGAAAAUAUGGCUAUCUGGGUUAUUUUUUGCAUUAAAAAACCCAGAAGAAUCCACUUUCUCCUUCUUGGCCCAACUUCUCCUACUUCUUACGGGCUCACGUUAUGCAAAGCGUUUCAUCGCUCAAACUGGAUUACUGAGAAUGUUCCCUUUUCUCAUGCGAAAUGCUAGUACAGAUAAACCAGAAUCAUUAUUUUUGUUCUUUCAACCUUCUCAAACACUUGAUUUAUGAUAUGGCAUUUCCCUAAAAAAAAACACUUGAUUUAUGAUAAGAUACUCAAUGAUGAUGCAAAAUUCAAUCCGAACAAUAAGCUAACAGCUUUGCUGUGAUACAGCUCGAAGAUGUUAAAGAACUGUACGCAUCUUCCGUUUCUGAUUAUCCUGUAUUUAUACAAAAUGGGAGAGUACAAUACGAAAAAGCUGGAGUGUUUUCUAAAAAUAACCUAUUGAAGUUUCAGGUUAACCUUCCUGCGCUGGGUACCAAUGUUCAGAGAAGGAACAUUCUUCUGACUGACCAUGAAUGGUCCAAUGAAUCCACAUGCAUUCAGGUUGAAGCACCCUUCUGCCAUUCUAGCAUGAUCUUCUGUCACUGAAGUUCAGACAUAGUUGUCCUCGCAGAAGAAAAGAAAAAGGUUCACACAUAAGUGAACACAAUGUUGGAGUGGAGGAAGAACAAUAUAAUUCAGAGUGAGACUUACAUUAAACCUGGACAAGCAAGCUGUGAAUGAAGCAAAAUAAGUGCUAAUGGAGGAAACAGAGAACUGGUAGUUUGUUUGCCAGUUACAAGUGCAUAAUUCCUCCGGCGUCGAUCAGCAUUGCCACAAGUGCAUAAUUCAUGUCGGCCAUAUAAUGCUUGAAUACAGUUAACUGUCAGCCAGCCUUGUGCUAAAAGAAUGGCAAUUCUCUGAUGGGCCGGUUACAUUGAGCAACUCUGAGCAAUGAAUUUCAAUGUUCUACUGAUGGAUCGCCGUAGCUUCAGCCUAGGGCAAGAAGGAGGAUGCUGUUUAUCUGAAAAUUAUGGUGUUUAAAAUAAGAAACCCCAAAAGUUUCAGCGAUAGAUAUGGCUGAAGCCUGUGGAGUUGCUGAAUUUUAUCUGAAAAAUAUGAUCAUCUGGGUUCCGCAUUAAAAAAAAAGAAGCAUAAUCAACUUUCUCCUCCUUGGCUCAGUUUUCUCUGGCCACAUGGAAAAUCUUGUCACUGUCAAGUUAAAGCACCGAACAACUUGUGUCCAACUCUGACCGAUGAGCUAGCUACUGCAAUAAUAGAAUUUUCUCGGAUCAGAUAACAAUAGUGGUGAUGCCUUUUGGGAUGGUGCGACUCAAUCUCCAUAUUCUUGCAUCCAGUUAGAGAAAACCUGGACGCUGCUGACUGCUGACCCAAGUUCCUUUUGGGAUCAGUCGUUCCCAAGUCGUCAAAAGAGGACAAAGCCUGCAUACAUUAUUUCUGGGGCCUAGAUACAGUUAGCGCAGCACUCAGGACAGUCAAUCACGCGAAGACCAGAAGGGCAUGCUGCAUUAUAGUAACGGAGCAACGAGGCUGCUUCUGCUACUACUGUACUUGCCAACCAAACCAAGAGGGGAGCAUGGCAAUGGCGAAGGGGGGCAUGGGUUUGCUGGUAUGCUCAUUCCUGGCCGCCAUGGCGACCGCGAGUGGCGAUGAGGCCGCGUUGCUUGCUUUCAAAGCGGAGGUCAGCGACGCCGGCGGCUCGCUGGCCUCCUGGAACAGCAGCGCCGGUUUCUGCGGCUGGGAAGGCGUGACGUGCAGCCGCCGGAGGCCGGCGCGGGUGGUUGCGCUCAGACUGGACGGCGCCGGGCUCGCCGGAGCGCUCUCCCCGGCCAUCGGGAACCUCACGUUCCUGCGGACGCUCAACCUGAACUCCAACUCGCUCCGCGGUGGCAUCCCGGCGAGCCUCGGCCGCCUCCGCCGCCUGCAGAGGCUCCACUUGGACGGCAACUCCUUCUCCGGCACGUUCCCGGUGAACCUGAGCUCCUGCGUCAGCAUGACCGAGGUGGUGCUGGACAACAACAAGCUUGGCGGGCGCAUCCCGCCUGAGCUCGGGGAGAAGCUGGCGUCUCUGGCAGUGAUCUCGCUGAGCAGCAACAUGUUCACGGGCCCUGUUCCUGCGUCACUGGCCAAUCUGUCCCAUCUAUGGUACCUUGAUCUAGGCAGCAACCAGCUCACCGGCUCGAUCCCGUCGAGGUUCGGAAGCUUCUUCCAGAGCAUGCGGAAAUUCAGUCUCGCCCAAAACAGCCUCUCUGGUAUGAUUCCACCUUCUCUCUACAACUGGUCGUCGUUGGAAUUCUUUGUGGUGGCGUUCAAUACGCUUCACGGAGGCCUCCCAAACAAUAUCGGAAGCAAGCUCCCCAAGCUGAAAGUUCUAAGCUUACCUUCUAACCAAUUCACUGGAGUCCUCCCUUCAUCACUAUCCAAUAUGUCUCAUCUCAUGUCGCUUAUUGCCUGGGGAAAUGGAUUCAGCGGGCAUGUGCCUCCCGCAUUAGGGAGGCUCGGAGUGCUUCAAUACCUGCACGUGUCUGACAAUAGGCUCCAAGCUAAUGAUAGUAAGGGGUGGGAGUUCGUCGCUUCUUUGUCAAACUGCAGCCUGCUGCAGGUAUUGGUACUCAGCAACAAUUCUUUUGGGGGACAGCUACCGGGUUCAGUUGUGAACCUCACAACCACUCUCCAGCGGCUAUACUUGCAGGAUAAUAGGAUCUCUGGGAGCAUACCUGCAGAUAUCGGCAACUUGGUUGGUCUGAAAAUACUGGUGAUAGCAAACACUUACAUGUCCGGAGUGAUUCCAAAGAGCAUCGGCAAGCUACAGAACUUGAACGUGCUAUCAUUGUAUAAUAAUAGCUUGUCUGGCCUCAUACCGCCAUCGCUAGGAAACCUGUCACAGUUGAAUAAGCUUAAAGCAUACCUUGGCAACUUGGAGGGGCCAAUUCCGGCAAGCCUGGGGCAGCUGAAAAACCUCUUUGAACUGGAUUUCUCAAUGAACCGUCUUAACGGCUCAAUACCCAGAGAGAUCUUCAAAUUACCUGGCCUUUCUUACUAUCUGGACUUGUCAUACAACUCCCUUUCUGGACCCCUUUCUUAUGAAGUUGGUAGUUUGUCAAAUCUUAACCAUCUGGUUCUAUCAGGAAAUCAGUUGUCUGGCAAGAUACCUGACAGUAUACAGAAUUGCGUAGUGUUGGAAUGGCUAUUCUUAGACAACAAUUCGCUAGAGGGAAGCAUACCUCCGUCACUGGCAGAUAUAAAGGGGCUCCGUAUACUGAACCUGACCAUGAAUAAGUUCUCUGGUAAUAUUCCUGAGGCCCUUGGUAGCAUUGGCAACCUGCAGGGACUGUACCUAGCGCACAACAAUUUGUCAGGGUCAAUCCCAGUAGUUCUAGAGAAUUUGACAGCAUUAUCCAAACUGGAUGUAUCCUUCAAUAAUUUGCAAGGUGGGGUUCCAAAUGAAGGUGUUUUCAGAAACAUCACUUACUUAGCAGUGGCUGGGAAUGUCAACUUGUGUGGUGGUACACCUCAACUUCAUUUGGCUCCAUGCUCCAUAAGCAAGAACAAGAAAAAUGCGCCGAAGUCUCUUGUGAUUUCUUUAGCAACAACUGGAGCAAUCUUGUUCUCACUUUCAGUUAUUCUUCUUGCUUGGAUAUUUCGCAAGAAGCUCAAACCAAGCCACAAGACAUCAGCACAAAAUUCAGUUGAUGAUGACCAUUACAAGAGAAUUCCCUAUCGUGCAUUACUGAGAGGAACUAAUGGAUUUUCAGAAGUCAACUUGCUUGGGAGAGGAAGUUAUGGUGCGGUUUAUAAGUGUGUUCUGGACACUGAAGACAGAACAUUGGCUGUCAAGGUGUUUAACCUUGGUCAAUCUAGGUAUUCCAAGAGUUUUGAGGCUGAAUGUGAGGCCAUGAGAAGGAUACGACACCGUUGUCUCAUCAAGAUCGUUACUUCUUGUUCGAGUGUCAACCACCAAGGUCAAGAGUUCAAGGCAUUGGUUUUUGAGUUCAUGCCCAAUGGUAACUUGGAUAGUUGGCUUCAUCCAAAAUCUCAAGAACCCACUACAAACAACACGCUUAGCCUUGCCCAGAGGCUUGGCAUUGCUGUCGAUAUUGUGGACGCAGUAGAAUAUCUGCACAACUACUGUCAGCCAUUGGUAAUCCAUUGCGAUCUUAAGCCAAGCAACAUUCUUCUUGCUGAAGACAUGAGCGCACGAGUUGGAGACUUUGGCAUAUCAAGGAUCCUUCAAGAAAAUACAAGUGAGGGGAUGCAAACUUCAUAUAGCUCAACUGGAAUUAGAGGUUCCAUAGGCUAUGUUGCUCCAGAGUACGGAGAAGGCUCUACGGUCUCAACAACCGGUGAUAUUUAUAGCCUUGGCAUAUUGCUGCUUGAGAUGUUUACGGGAAGGAGCCCAACAGAAGGCACGUUUGGAGAUUCAUUGGAUCUGCAUAAGUUUGCCGACGAUGCUGUUCCAGAUAGAACUCUGGAGAUAGCUGACCCAACGAUGUGGCUCCACAGCGGACAACAAGAUGAAACUACAAGUACUAGAAUGCAGGAGUGUUUGGUUUCAGUCUUCAGACUUGGCAUAUCUUGCUCAAAGCAACAGCCCCGAGACCGAGCACUGACGAGAAAUGCAGCGGCGGAGAUACAUGCAAUCAGAGAUGCAUACCUCAAGUUUAUAGGGGAGCAAGGACCAGAAAGAGAAGCCUCAGCUGGAGAAAUACAGUACAGUGUUGCAUAAUAAUAAAUUUAUGUAUCGGCUAGUAAUUGUUCUCAGAGCUAUGUUGCUUUAAAACUGUAUCAAAUAAAAGCAGAACCAUGGUGUUCUGCGAUAA